CCUCCUCCCAUCUCCAAAACACACCCAAGCAAAAUUCAGAAGAAAAAGAAGAAGAAAUCGCUGGAAAAACCAUGGGUGUCACCAACGCCAAUGAACAAAAAGCCCUCGACAAAGCCCAAGAAGUCCGGCAAUUCGAAGACUCCAAGCUCGGAGUCAAAGGCCUCCUCGACUCGGGCCUCACCUCCCUCCCUCCCCUCUUCAUCCACCCGCCCAACGUCCUAUCCAGCCUCAAACCCGUCGGGGCCAAGCCUAAAUCAAUCCCAACCGUCGACCUCUCCGGCCUUGACUCUGACCGGCGACCCUCAGUUGUCGAGGAGGUUGCAAGUGCUGCUCGUGAGUUCGGUUUCUUCCAGAUAGUCAACCACAGCGUGCCUACAGAGGUCCUGGACCAAACUAUCGCGGCACUGAAAGCGUUCCAUGAGCAGCCCACUGAGGCGAAGGCGAGGAUCUAUAGGAGGGAAUCGGAGACCGGCGUCGCCUUCUUCUCCAACGUCGACUUGCUUCACUCCAAAGCGGCUAGCUGGAGGGACACGCUCAUCAUAAGGUCGGGUCCUAAACUAGCAGACCUGGAAGAGAUUCCGGAGGUGUGCAGAAACGAGGUGAUCGAGUGGAACCAACAGGUCCAACGGUUGGGAGGCCUCCUGUUGGGACUGCUGAGCGAGGGGCUAGGAUUGGGCGCGAGCACGCUACAGAACUUGACGUGCUUGGAGAAGAGAAACAUUGCGGGGCACUACUAUCCGAGCUGCCCCCAGCCCGAUCUGACGAUCGGGUUGACGUCCCACACCGACCCAAGCGUGAUCACGGUGCUCCUCCAGGACCAGAUCGGCGGGUUGCAGGUGAAGCACGGCGACGAGUGGGUGGAUGUGACGCCCAUUCCGGGUGCUCUCAUCGUCAACAUCGGCGACCUUCUCCAGAUCAUGUCCAAUGACGAGUACAAAAGUGUGGACCACCGAGUGCUGGCCAACGCGAGCCGAGAACCACGCAUGUCGGUUGCUGUUUUCUACUAUCCAAGCGAUUGCGAGAGCCUGUUCGGACCGUUCCCAGAGCUCGUAUCACCGGAGAAACCUGCGGUUUAUCGGCAAUUCAAGGUCGGGGAUUUCCUGAAGACAUUCUUCACUAACGAGUUGGAUGAGAAAUCUCUGAAAAAUUACUUCAGGGCAUGAUUUAAGAGGCAUAUAUAGGGUAAGAUUUAUGAUGCAGGAAUCAGAUGCUUCCCCAUUAUUGAAAGAAGCAAUUGCUUAUGGAGUUGUAAAUUCAGUUUGGAUUUUACCAAAAAUUCCAAGCCAUUGUCUUAAUCCUAACAAUGUGUGUGUGACUAUGUUAACUAACGUCUUCAUCUAUUUUUCUUCACAAUUAGUCGAUAUGUCUGGCAACA